UGGUGCUUUCCCUGAUCAUGAUGGCAUCAAGUAGAGAUUUUGCCAAGAGAUAUGAAGCUGACUGCAGACACCUCAAUCAAUUUUUCUCUGGAAAUGCUUCCCCAAGCAAUGCGAGACCAGUUCUGGAGAUCUUCACCACGAGGAGCAGCCAGGAGAUGAAGCAAAUCUGCAGAGCUUACAGCAGCAUGUAUCACCAAGACCUCCUCCUGCUGCUGUCGCAGCAGAAAACCAACUUUGCUAGGGUGGCCUGCCUUAGAGCUAGCGAGCCGUGCGUCCGGGACGCCGACAUCGCCAGGGACGCGCUGUUCGGGCGGCGGCUCGACGGCGACGUGCUCGUCGAGGUCGUGUGCACGCGGCCCUCCGCUGAGGUCGCGUCGAUCAGGCAGGCGUACCAGGCCCGGUACAGCGCGAGCCUCGAACGCGACGUCUCGUCGAGGACGAGCGGCAGCCUGAACGAGGUUCUCCUCGCGUUCUUGGGAUCGAGCGGCUACCAUGGAGGCCGGGUGGACGCGACGAUGGCGAUGUGCGACGCCAAGACGCUGUACGAGGCGGUGGAGAGCGGCCGGGGCGUGGACCGGAGGAGCAUCCUGCAGCUGCUGCGGCACCGGAGCGGCGACCAGCUCAGGGCGGUGCUCGCGUCGUACCGGCGGCUGUACGGGCAGGAGCUCGCGCGGGCGCUGAAGAGGAAGGCCGACGGCGUCGGCCACCGGAGCGGCGAGUCGUUCCCGGGCGUGUUCCGCGCGGCGCUGCGGUGCGCGCAGCGCCCCGAGAGGCACUUCGCGAGGGCGGUGCGCGUGGCGCUGGAGCGCGGCGGCGGCGGCGGCGCGGCGAGGGAGGCAUUAGUGCGGGCCGUCGUGACGCGCGCCGGUGUAGACGUGCGCCGCGUCAACCAGGCGUUCGCGGCCAAGACCGGGUGGACGCUGGAGAGCGUCGUCAGGAACGAGUUCGCCGCCGGGAAUGCGGACGACGGCUUGACCGGCGACUUGCUCGUGGAGUUGCUCAAGCUGGCCUGAGGACCAUCUCGAUCUAGCAUGCAGUCGGAUAAUCCAGCUUCCAUGAACGGCGAGGAUCCAUCACAAUCUUCCUGCGUGUAGUGGAGAUUGCAGCGGAUCCAUGCAUGUAUCAUUUGUCAGGAGUUAGGAUUAUUUACUGUAGAUUUAGGUAAUGAAUAAAAUGGAACAAUGAGAUGAACACUUAUGCACACGACCGUACAUGUAAACCACACGGCACACGUACACGAGUGCGCCUCCUAAGGUUUACGUUAUCACGGAUGUCUCCGAAAUAGUCAUUCGACGAAGUACGAUUAUCACACUUUUUUCUACAACUUUUGAGG